AUUGAUAGGUCAGGACAUUCUCCGAUUAGAUCUCUCUUGUAUCCAUCUAAAAAAAUCACAUCCAGUACUUAAUUUUUUUCACAUUUCAUACAUGUAACUAAAUAUACAUAAACAAGAACAGAAGAUGAUGUCUGAUUGGAUAAUAACGAAGGUUGAAUGCCAUUGCCAGGCGGGAUUCGGGAAACCAAGGGAGAAGCUGUUUCCAGACUCGUGAAGACGCAGACCCGUAACAGGAACUCAGCCAAAACAAACAGUCAAACCACCAAAACCUACCAUUCUCCUCUCACUAAAAUCCAUCCUUCCCCACUAGGCAUGAUUCACGAUCACCAUUUCACGACCACUUCCGUUUCGUUUCCCUUUGCUUCAGCUUCCCUUUUCAACCAGUAAAACUCCAUCUCUCUCUCUCUCUCUCUCUCUGGAGCUGAUCGACUCACAGCCAUGGCCAGGACGGGGAAGAACAUACAGGCCAAGCUGGUACUUCUUGGGGACAUGGGAACUGGGAAAACCAGUUUGGUGUUGAGAUUUGUGAAAGGCCAAUUUUUUGAAUUCCAGGAAUCAACAAUUGGAGCAGCCUUCUUCACUCAGGUGCUGUCAAUAAAUGAAGCCACUAUAAAAUUUGAUAUAUGGGACACGGCAGGGCAGGAAAGAUACCAUAGCUUGGCUCCUAUGUACUAUCGUGGUGCAGCUGCAGCUGUUGUGGUCUAUGACAUCACUAGCAUGGAUUCAUUUGUACGAGCCAAGAAGUGGGUGCAGGAACUGCAAAGACAAGGGAAUCCCAAGUUGUUGAUGGUAUUGGUGGCAAACAAAGCUGACUUAGAAGCAAAGAGAGCUGUGGAGAAUGAGGAAGGUGAGCAAUAUGCCAAAGAAAACGGAUUGAUGUUCCUUGAAACCUCUGCAAAAACUGCACAGAAUGUCAAUGAGCUAUUUUACGAGAUAGCAAAGAGAUUGGCAAAAAUCUGCCCUUCACGUCCAACUGGAAUGAGGCUACAGAGCAGAUCACAAGAAAGGAGGCGGCGGCUAUUUUGCUGCUCUGGAUGAUGCCAAUACUUUCUCGAGAGUUUACCUGUAUUUCUCUGUCGCUUUGCAAGGAUAUGAUUCCUCAACAAGAUGAAAAUUCAUAAUGGCCAAGCAAGCAAGUUGAAGUAUAAGCUGCAGUUUUCAGAAGACAUCGAACUUACGGAUAUUUACUGUAUCUACAUUGCAAGUUCACAUUACAAAAAGCUCCAUGAGCUCUUUUUAACUGUUUUAUGUGUUCAUUUCAUAUGCACAAAAUGGAUUAAUAAUUUAAUAAUACUUUGAAAUCAAUAAAGAUGCUGAAAUGAGAGUUGUCCUA